AUGACCACUACUAUCACUGGGACUAUAAACCUGAAACGCGAACAUGAAAGCGAUGCCAUCCAACUAAAGCACAGCUCUGGCAAGAGGUCAUCCUCUUCUAGGGUCAACAAGAAGUCUACCGGGAAAAGGAGAUUUCACAGGAAGAGCAGAAAGGGAUGCGCCGCCUGUAAGAGGAGAAGAGUUAAAUGUGAUGAGACAAAACCAGGAUGUCAGAAUUGCCAAAGACUUGGCCUUGACUGUGUAUAUCUGUAUCCUUAUGCUACACUGACCGACAAGGAAAAGGCCAUGCAUGCACAAAAGGAACGAGAACUUGAAGUUUCUUCCUCUGAACGAGAAAAUUCAGAUUCCUCUCAAUCCCAGGCAAACCAGUCCAUUAGACUCCAACAGAUGGAGAUGUUCCAGCAGAAGCAACUCCAACUACAAGAAGAGCAGCAACAGCGACAACAGCAGAGAAUUCAGCAGCAAAGAUAUCAACAGCUCCAUCAAACUCAUCAACUGCAGCAGCAAUCUCAGAUACGGCAAUCGUCGGACAACUUUCAAGGAUCGCAAAUUCAGAUUUCACAGAUGGCCCAGAUGUCCCAACUGUCUCAAAUAUCACAAAUGUCGCAGAACUCGCCCGUUUCUUCGGCAUCACAGGCACCUCUGUCAGCCUGUUCUCAGGGACUUCCAACACCCCAGAGUUCGAUUUCUAUUCUUCCUCAGUCUCCACAGUUUGUGGCAACUUCGCAAUUCUCCAUGCAGAGAAUCCCCAGUUACGGCCUCUCGUCGCUUUUGAACCAGCCUUCGUUUAACAUGGCUUCACCUUUGGGAGUAAAUGACAUGUCUUCUCUGCCUCCCAUGCCCACAUUGACUGUUAAACCUAGUACUCCCUCACCAGUUAGCUCUGCUACUCCUACUCCUCAGCAGCUGGCUGUAAAACAGCAGCAUCAACGAGAUAGUGUUAAUGCAAGCUUUGGCCAAGCAGACUCCCCCAACUCAACUUCCUCUGGGCUUGGACAGGAAUCCACUCCUUCGGAGCAUCUGUCCAGAAAGGGCCCUGCUCUUUCUCCGGACAUCAUUAAUGCUCCUGCUCUUUCGCUUACAAGUCCGAUAUCCGAUCUCAACCUCGUUGAUCUCAGGCUUAUGUAUCAUUAUACUACCAAGGUUUGGCCUACGAUCACCGACGCAGGUAUUUCCGAUUCCAAAAUUUGGUCUGACGAUAUUCCUAUGCUUGCAUUUAAGUACCCAUUCUUGAUGCAUUCCCUCUUGGCAUUUUCAGCUACUCAUUUAUCUCGUACUGAACGUGGCCUGGAUCAGUGUGUCACAGCUCAUCGUGCAGAGGCUUUACGACUAUUACGCGAAGCAGUUUUAGAGAUGUCUCCUGAGAAUACAGAUGCCCUUGUUGCUGCUGCUUUGAUACUGAUCAUGGACUCUCUUGCCAAUGCUUCAUCUCCAACUUCGACGUCACUUAAAUCUCUUCCUCCUUCAGCCUGGAUCUUUCACGUGAAAGGUGCUGCCACCAUAUUAACGGCAGUAUGGCCGUUAAGCGAACGUUCCAGGUUUUACAAGUUCAUUUCUGUGGACUUGGGCGACCUUGGUGAUAUAGGCUACGAUAUGAUAUCUGGUGAAUUGUCAAACACCUCUGACAACAAUGUAUCGAACCCUAAUAAUUCAGGAAAUACUGAUUCUGGGGAUGAAGACGAUCUGAACCAUUUACGGCCACCAGUGACUAUGAAACGAGCUAUGGGUGGCCAAAAUGGUUCAAGAUAUUCCACUAUCGAGUGCUUUGACAGAGAGAUGGCUGACCUGUUUCCUAUUCCACUUAAUUCUCCAUACUUUCCCACGCUUGCAUACAUGGCUAAAUUGCAUAAAGAAAGGUACAAGUCUGAUUUUAUCCUUCGUAUCUUUGCCUUUCCAGCAUUACUAGAUAAGAGGUUCCUUGCGUUGCUUGUCAAUUGCGAUCUCACAUCAAUGAGAAUUAUGCGUUGCUACUAUAAGCUCCUUCGUAGCUUCACGGAGGAGAUGAAAGACAAAGUGUGGUUCCUUGAGGGAGUCUCUUCAGUGCUUCCCGUUGAUGUUGAUCAAUACUCUGGAGGAGGAGGUAUGCAUAUGAUGCUUGAUUUCCUUGGAGGUCCGUCGAUCAUUGAUGAUGACGGCAGGGGAAUCAAUGACGUGGCACAAAGGGCUCAACAAUCGGGUCUUUUGGAUACAAACAACCUUCCAAGCUCUUCCAUAGGGGACAGCUUGAAGUUGGAUGGCAACUUGAAUGAUGACGAUACCGAGGGGACAGGAUUCAUCGGUAUAGACGACAAUUAG